AUGACUGGUACUAAGAGUAAGUGCCAGCCGCCCCUGGAGCCGCCCGCCACUGCAGCAGCCGCCCCUGGAGUCGCCCGCCACAGCAGCAGCCGCCCCUGGAGCCGCCCGCCACUGCAGCAGCCGCCCCUGGAGCCGCCCGCCACUGCAGCAGCCGCCCCUGGAGUCGCCCGCCACUACAGCAGCCGCCCCUGGAGCCGCCCGCCACUGCAGCAGCCGGCCCUGGGGUCGCCCGCCACUGCAGCAGCCGCCUCUGGAGCAGCCGCCACUGGAGCCGCCGCCCCUGGUGCAGCCGCCCCUGGGCCCGCGACGCCGCCCCUGGAGCAGCCGCCCCUGCAGCAGCCGCCCCUGGAGCCGCCCACCACUGCAGCAGCCGCCCCUGGAGUCGCCCGCCACAGCAGCAGCCGCCCCUGGAGCCGCCCGCCACUGCAGCGGCCGCCCCUGGAGCCGCCCGCCACUGCAGCAGCCGCCCCUGGAGUCGCCCGCCACUGCAGCAGCCGCCCCUGGAGCCGCCCGCCACUGCAGCAGCCGCCCCUGGAGUCGCCCGCCACUGCAGCAGCCGCCUCUGGAGCAGCCGCCACUGGAGCCGCCGCCCCUGGUGCAGCCGCCCCUGGGCCCGCGACGCCGCCCCUGGAGCAGCCGCCCCUGCAGCAGCCGCCCCUGGCCCCUAGAGCAGCCGCCACUGCUGCAGCUGCCCCUGGACCCGAGCAGCCGCCCCUGCAGCAGCCGCCCCUGGCCCCUGGAGCAGCCGCCUCUGGACCUCGCUCUGCUGCUGCCCUGCGCUCUACCCUACCUGCUCCGCGCUGUUGCUCUGCACGCGCGUCCUAG